AUGAAGAAGCAAAGGGAUACAGUGUCUGUUCCAAGAUUUGACAAGAUUCCGUGGUUUAGUGAGGAGCCAUUAGUGCUCAGCCUCCCGAAAAGAUAUCCUCAUUCGUCUGCCACUUUUCUGGUUUCAUCCAAGAAGGAUAUGAAAUUGCCAAUUUUGUUCCAAGCUCCAGAUGUCUUAUCUAAGGCCGGGGGGAACCAGAGAGACCCCACGCUGAUCAGAAACAAGCAGCUGUGCUCCACGUGUCGAGAAAUGAAAAUGGUGCAACCAAGAACUAUGAUAAUCCCAGAUGAUCUGAAACUAUCCUUUAGCAACUAUCCAGAAAUGAUGAGUCUUCAUCCACCAAAAGCCCAGACUGUACCCAAACGUCCUCAUGAUGACAUCCCAACAGAGAGCGUUCGCUACAGACUGCCCAUUCUGGGCCCCAGAACAGCUGUCUUCCGUGGACUGCUGUCAGAUGCCUACAAAACUCUGCAGGAGAUGCAACUCUCUUCCUUGCCCAGAAAGGAACCAGUGGGCAAGACAAUGAGGCAGUGA